AUGGAGCAAACGACUAGUAGCACAAUUUCAAAUAACAAUAGUGACAGACCAUUUCCAACUCUUCCAAAUGAAAUAACUUUAUUGAUCUUGUCUUAUCUGAAUCAACAAACUAGAAUCAAGAUCCUUAGAGUAUCAAAAGCCUUUCGUAACAUAGUUUACACUCCAACUCUCUGGCGUGAAACUAUUGUUUACAAUACAAGAGGUUUCGGAAGUGAAGCGUUGGAAAUCUUAAAGAGAGUACAUUCAUUAAGCGCUAGAGCAAGUGGGCUGGAUGACGAAUUUGUUAGAAAGUUGGUCAUGGGACUUCCUGGUCAGUCGCUAAGAGUAUUAGAUUUAUCGGUUAACGACAUAACUGAUAAAACAGUAUUUUAUAUAGGCAAUCAUUGUCCAAACCUUCAAAAAUUAUUCUUAGAAGGUUGUGAAGAAAUAACCGAUAUCAAGCCUUUAAUUCACCUUUCCACUCAUUUAAACACUUUAAUCCUUUCAUAUUGUAGUGAAUUAUUGGAUUUUACAAUUGCUGAUCUAGUUUCUCCUGUUCUUGGUGAAAAUCUGUCAAAACUGGAUUUAGAUGGAUGUCACAGAUUAACUGAUGGUUGGGUUUUACCGAUGAAGGGUAUGUAA